AUUAUUGGAAAAAAUGGAUUAUGAACUUGUGCAGUAUUAUCUAAGAAAAAAAUAUUACUAUAGCGCUCAAUUAGCUGGUAAUAGAGCUCUACAAAUUAAUCAAAAUAGUUAUGUAAACCAACUGUAUUAUGGGCUUUCAUUUGUGCUUCAUAAUAAACUAUCAAAAGGUCUGACUAUACUUGAUACCUUAGUUAAAGUUACUGAUGUUGGAUUACCUUCUACAUUGGUUUUGAUCCAUACCCAUAAACAAUUUGAGGUUCAAGAUACCAGUACAAUAAACACAUUAGAACAAUAUGUCAAUGAUUAUAAUCAUUCGGAAAUUGCUCUAUUCCAUGCUGCAAAUGUUUUAAUUCUCUGUGGUUAUAAUCAAAAUGCUAAGACUUAUGUUGAUAAGCUUUUAUCUGAAUAUCCUAGUUCAGUUGAUGGGUAUUUAGUUAAAGGUUGGUUAGAAUUUCAAGAUAACAAAUUAAAAAAUGCUAGAAACUGUUUUAGAGCUGUUUUAUCCCAGAAAACUGAUUCAAUUGAAGCAUACCUUGGUGAAGUUGCUACCUUAGAAAUUACUGAUGCUAUUCAAAUGUUAAAUCAACUCAUUGUCAAAUUUCCAGACUUUCUACCACCUUUUCUUGAAAAAUUAUAUCUGUACAUGAGCAUACGUAAUUGGUCUGAAGUUCUUGAAACAAUCGAUCGUAUACUGGACAUAAACCCAAAAUGCAUUUUACCUUUGAUGGUAAAAAUUCUGUACAAUUUAGCUGUAGUUGGAAAAUAUGAAGAAGUACCUGACCAGUUUUUUAUGUCCAUUGAAGAGUUAGAACCAUGCUCGCAUAUAUUUGUCCAAUGGUCUUCGGCUAUUGUACGAAUUUGUGGUCAACAUAAGUUGAUCAUCAAUGAAUGCAUACGAGCCAUGCAAAUUGCUGUUGAUUUGGAUCCGAGUAUUAAUAACAAACUUGAACUUGCAUAUCAGAUAUAUUUGUCUGGACAGUAUGAAGAAGCAAUAAAAAUCUAUGCUGAUCUUAUAAAAGAUGAAGAGCACAUUCCUAAAGCAAUAGAAGGCAUAGUUCUAUGUCAUAUUGCUAUGAACAACAUAAAUGUUGAAGUUGAAAAACAAAUUGAAUUGUUAAAUGAAAUUAGAGGAGAAUUAAAAUCUAUUGAGCUUAUCUUCAUAAACGCAUAUUUUAUUAAAAACAAUGAAUCAAAAUCUAAUUUAAUAAAAUCAGCAAUUGAUAAACAGUUUGAUUCUAUCACUAACUUGUCAUUUGGUCCAGAGUACCUUAUUAAACUUAAUCCAAAUAUGAUUAUGUUCUUCAUGAAAUACUUGUCUGAUAGCAUUUAUAAGGAAAUCGCUUUAGAAAAAUUACUUAGUAUUUGUCCUGGACUUAUCAAUGGUUGGAUAAUGCUUGGUAAUAUUCAAAAUAUAAAAAAAGCUCAUCAAUCAUUAGAAAGGGUAUUAGAAUUAGAUUCAACAAACUCGGAAGCACAUCUUAUGGUUGCUAAUCUUUUUAUAAAGCAGGGGAAUUUUGCAAAUGCAUCUAAAAGUUUAGAUUUAGGUCUUAGUUAUAAUUUAUCCAUCAGUGAGUGGCCUUUAUAUAAUUUACUAAAUGGGCUUGUUCAUAAACAUUUUGGAAAAGAUAAUGACUGCAUACAAGCACUGGAAAAUUCUUUGAACAAUUUGUCAAAUAAACAACAUGCUCUUGAACACAAUGAUUUAUCUUCUUUAUUUAUUACAUUAAGUGAAUGUUAUUGUAAUGUAGAAAAAAUAGAUAAGGCCAUUCAGACUGUGAAUGAUGCUUACAAAUAUUUGAAAGAUACAAAGUAUGAAGGAGAAAUUAAAUUAGCUGAAGCCAAAAUUGCUAUGUGUAAAAAUGACUUAAAAAGUGCUUUAAAAAUUUUAAAUGCAAUAAAAUCUGAUCAAGACAUUUUUAUUAAAGCUCAAAAAAUGAAAGCAGAUAUAUUUAUGAAAACAAAUCAAGAUCCGUUUGAAUAUGCAGAAUGCUAUAAAAAUUUAGUAGAUUCUUUUCCAACUGUUGAAAAUAUGGUUGAACUAGCAAAUGCGUAUCUAAAAAUUCAGGAACCUGAUGAAGCUAUUCAAGUAAUUAAGAAGGCAUUGAGUUUAAAGAAUGAACCUUCAAUGUUCAUAAAAGUUGCACAAGUAUUUGUUGCUGCUCAUCAAUAUGAAGAUGCCAUAAAAUACUAUAAUAAAUCUGGUAUAGAUGGUGCUUUGGAGAUGGCUAAUCUCUUAAUAAAGUUGAACCAAUGUGACAUGGCAAUUAAAGUUUUAAAUUCUCUCCCAUUGGAAAUGAAAGUUAUUCCCAUGGCCAAUGCUUUGGAAAAAAAAGGCAAAUUGGAUGAAGCUCUUGAUUUAUUAAAACAAUGUUCUUAUCUUGAAAACCAAGAUUUGAACAGUCGAUUAAAUAUAUUGAGACGUAGUGGUGAAAUAGCUCAUAAGUUAAAUCAAAAUGAUCUUGCCAUUUCUUUGUAUAAACAAGCUCUUAUACAUGUAAAUGCUGACAGUGAAGAUGCAAGUUCAUUGAAGAUAAGUUUAGCUAAAUUGUUCAUGCAAAUAAAUGAUUGGAAUUCAUGCGAACUGAUUUGUUCUUCGCUGCUCAAGGAUACAAACAAUGAUAUAGCAUUGCUAAUUGUAGCUGACUUAUCAUUCAGACGAUGUGAUUUUGUAACAGCUAAAAAACAUUUUUAUAAACUUUUAGAAAAGCAACCCACUAAUUGGGCUGCUCUAGCACGACUCAUUGAAGUCUGCCGCAGAACUAACUGUUUGGAAGAGGUGAAAACUUCUAUGGAAGUUGUGCACAAUCACACCACCCAAGCUGGAUUUCAUUAUUGCUGUGGUUUAUAUAACUGGUAUGGAUCAAAUAUUAAUGAUGCAAUGAAGCAUUUCAAUUUGGCCAAAAACGAUGCUGAAUGGGGACAGCAAGCACUGCACAACAUGAUUCAGAUUUGUUUAGAUGAAGCUACAUUGAAUUUAAACUUAGCUAACAAAUUAAUAACGGAAAUGAAACCCAAUACACCAGAGGAACAAAAAAAUUAUAAACUAUUGUCCAGUUACAUUUUAUUAGAAUCCAAGGAAAAACAAUCCAUUGAAAAAGCGAUAAGUGUUUUUAAUGAGUUAUCACAAGAGUCGUAUAAAAUUGCUGCAUCACUUGGAUUGGCAAUGGCUUUUGUUUAUCAGAAACAAAUUCAAAGGGCUAAGACCAUAUUAAAAAGAGUCGUUUUAAAAGCUACUUGGCAAUUUGAAGAAGCCGAAUAUUUAGAACGCAGUUGGCUACUCAUGGCAGAGUUGUAUUUUCAAUCGGGCAAGACAAAUGUAUGUGUUGAGUUAGUCAAUAAAGUUCUUGUUUAUAACAAAUCGUCAGUCAAGGGCCUGGAACUGUUAAGUGCCGUAGCGGAAAAAGAACAAAGAUACGACGAUGCUGUGGAUUAUUACGAACAAGCGUGGGUGUUAAGUGGACAAAAAUAUUUCAAAAUAGGAUACAAACUGGCCGUAAACCUUUACAAAUUGAAGUUGUUCACCAAAUCGAUUGAGAUAUGUUUCGAUUUGAACCCUUCGAAUCCCGAACAGAUGAAGCUAAAAAAAGAUAUAAUGGACAAAGCAAGACUAUCGUUGCGAUCACGAUAAUAUUAGUUGUCCAUCACGCGUUGAUAAUUCUACGGAUUUUAUAAUCGUUUUGGUUACGAUAAUUUUGUAUGUUUAUAGAGAGAAAAAAUUCACGAAUAGUCAUUGUAAAAUUGUAGAUAGUUUCUAAAAUACUUGUGCCUGUGUUAAAUUAUAUAUUUUGGUAUUUUGUUUACUUUUA